AUGGGAGAAGAAAUCAAGAUUGACAAAGCUACAUUUUCCAAUCGCCUGUCGACACUCUACUCAGCAUGGCGGUCAGACAAGCGGUCUGCCAAUCCGGUGUUCGGUGGUGCCACCUCCAUCGUCAUUCUGAUGGGUAAGACCGAGGACGUCGCCGCCUUCCAGAAGAAUAAUGCAAUUCAUUUUUGGCUUUUUGGGUAUGAAUUUCCUGCGACGCUUUGCCUCUUUACCUUGGAAGGGAUGUUCGUUGUGACAACCGCAAAGAAAGCCAAAUUAUUGGAGCCCUUGAAAGGUGGAAAAGUCCCUGUGGAGCUUUUGGUAUUCUCAAAAGACCCAGAAUCGAAAACCAAGGCAUUCGACAAGUGUUUGGACUUAAUCAAGAACUCAGGUAACAAAGUCGGCACCCUACCAAAAGACACAUCUUCCGGCCCGUUUGCAGAUGAGUGGAAAAGGACCUUCGCAGAAAGCCUCAAGAGCCUUGAGGAAGUGGAUAUUGGGCCAGCGCUAUCGAGCGUCUGCUUUUCCGUAAAAGGACAAGAGGAAUUAAUUUUAAUGCGAAAUGCCUCACGUGCUUGUAGCGGCCUUAUGUCCGAAUAUUUUGUUGAAGAGAUGUCACAGCUUUUAGAUGAAGAGAAAAAGAUGAGCCACAAAACCCUCGCGGCGAAAAUCGAUGCUAAAAUUGACGACGUCAAAUUUUUCAACAAACUCGCCAAACUACCUGCAGGAUUUGAUCCCCAGCAAAUUGACUGGGCCUACGGACCCAUCAUUCAAAGCGGUGGAACCUAUGACCUGAAAUUCUCCGCCGCCAGUGAUACCCACAACUUGCAAGCUGGCAUUAUCAUUGCUACUUUUGGUAUUCGGUAUCAAACAUAUGCGUCUGCGAUUGGGCGAACUUUCCUUGUGGACCCUACAAAAUCUCAAGAAAACAAUUAUGGUUUCCUGCUUGCCGUUUAUGAUACCGUUAUGAAGGAGAUUCGCGAUAGUGCAGUAGCGAAGGAUGUUUACAACAAAGCACUCGGCUUAAUCAGGGCCAAAAAACCUGAUUUGGAAAAACAUUUCGUCAAAAAUGUUGGUUCUGGUAUCGGUAUCGAGCUGCGAGACAAUAAUAUGGUGCUCAACGCGAAGAAUAACAAGACCCUAAAAAGCGGAAUGACUUUAUGCAUCUCAAUCGGAUUCACCGACGUUGCGGAUCCCGAUGCCAAAGAAAAGAAGGAUCGACUUUAUUCCAUGGUCAUCACUGAUACAGUACGUGUUGGUGAAAGCGGUCCUCACGUCUUCACAAAAGAUGCCGGCAUUGAUUUGGAUUCCGUGUCUUUCUACUUUGGCGAUGAAGAGGAACAAGAAAAGCCAAAGAAAUCUAGAAAUGAGCCUCACAGAUCCAGUGCCAUUGCAAGCAAGAAUAUAACUAAAACUAAAUUGCGGGCGGAACGACCUACACAGAAUAAUGAGGGUGCAGAAGCGCGCAGACGCGAGCAUCAAAGGGAACUGGCUACGAAGAAGACUAGAGAGGGGCUUGAGCGAUUUGCAGGCACUACGGGUGACCAAAACGGCGUAGCACAGAAGAACUUCAAGCGCUUCGAGUCAUACAAACGAGACAGUCAAUUGCCUACUCGAGUCAAGGACUUGGCCAUUUAUGUUGACCCGAAGGCAUCCUCGAUCAUUGUCCCGAUCAUGGGUCGCCCGGUUCCCUUUCACAUAAAUACCAUCAAAAACGCAAGCAAAAGUGACGAGGGCGAGUACGCAUACCUCCGUAUCAAUUUCUUAUCGCCUGGUCAAGGUGUUGGACGGAAAGAUGACCAGCCGUUUGAAGAUCCGUCAGCUCACUUUCUACGAAACCUGACGCUGAGGUCUAAAGAUAAAGAUCGGCUAGGUCAAGUUGCGCAAGACAUCACUGAGCUUCGGAAGAAUGCCUUGCGAAGGGAACAGGUGAAAAAGGAGAUGGAGGACGUGGUUGAGCAAGAUAAACUUGUAGAGAUUCGAAAUCGUCGUCCUGUCAAGCUACCAGAUGUCUAUCUUCGGCCGCCGCUGGACGGGAAGCGGGUUCCAGGAGAGGUUGAAAUACACCAGAACGGUCUACGUUAUCUAUCGCCACUACGCAGUGAGCAUGUCGACGUCCUAUUCAGCAAUGUCAAACAUUUGUUUUUCCAACCGUGCGCGCAUGAAAUGAUCGUUUUGAUUCACGUCCAUCUAAAAACCCCAAUCAUGAUUGGAAAACGCAAGACCAGGGAUGUUCAAUUCUAUCGUGAAGCCACGGAAAUGCAGUUCGACGAAACAGGAAAUCGAAGACGAAAGCAUCGAUAUGGAGACGAAGAAGAGUUUGAAGCCGAACAAGAAGAAAGAAGACGCAGAGCCGCUUUGGACCGAGAGUUCAAGGCCUUUGCUGAGAAAAUCUCAGAUGCCGGAAAGGAUGAAGGUGUCGACGUCGAUAUCCCGUUCAGAGAAAUCGGUUUUACCGGCGUGCCCAACCGAUCGAAUGUUCUGAUACAACCAACAACUGAUGCCGUUGUUCAAUUGACUGAACCACCCUUCCUAGUCAUCACGCUCAACGAAAUCGAAGUGGCACAUCUGGAACGAGUUCAAUUUGGCCUGAAAAACUUCGAUCUCGUAUUUGUGUUCAAGGACUUCCAUCGACCACCGGUUCAUAUCAACACCAUUCCCGUCGAAAAUCUAGAAGGCGUCAAAGACUGGCUCGACUCCGUCGACAUCUCCUUCACCGAAGGGCCGCUCAAUCUUAACUGGAGCGCCAUCAUGAAGACCGUCACAAGCGACCCGCAUGGAUUUUUCCGUGACGGUGGCUGGUCGUUCUUGGCCACUGAAUCGGACUCUGAAGAGGAGGAGGAGGAAGAAGAAUCCGCAUUUGAGAUAGAUGACUCAGACUUGGAUGAAUCAGAAGAAAGUUCAGAGGAGGAUAGUGAGUUUGACGAUGAUGCUAGUGCUUCGGCUAGUGAGGGUAUCAGCGGCGAUGACGACGAUGAUGGCGAAGAUUGGGAUGAACUGGAAAAGAAGGCGAAGAAGAAAGAUGCCGAGAAUAAACUGGAUGAGAGAGAUUCUGGGAAGAAGCGCAAACGUUGA